AUGAUUUUUAUGUAUCUCGACGACUGGCUGAUAGUGGGAAAAUCAGAAGGCCAGACUGCUCAGAAUUUGAGGGAUACUUAUACGUUGACGACGAGGCUAGGCUUCAUCAUCAACGAAAAGAAGUCCCACCUAAUCCCGUCCCAGGAAAUCACUUUCCUGGGAGCAGAGAUCGAUUUACGCAGGGGCAUAGCCGUCCCCACAGGGGAACGUGUUACCAGCCUGCUGAAGUGCGUCAAACUUUUCCUAUCCGUUCAAGUCGCUCCAGCCCGAGCUUGGCUGAAACUUCUAGGGUUCAUGGCCAGCUUAGUGGACCUGGUUCCAUGGUGCAGACUGAGGAUGCGUCCUUUGCAAAUGCAUCUUCUGGCACAUUACAGACCAAAGACAGAUCCAAUCUCUCUAUUGGUCUCGAUCGACGAUGUCAUUCGGCCACACCUUCGGUGGUGGCUAUUGGAACAGAACAUUCGGUGCGGACGGAGCUUCCCCAGAGGGGAUCCUCACGUCAUAAUCUCCACCGACGCCUCCAACGAGGGCUGGGGAGCCUCCCUUCCCCCUCGACAAGCUGCAGGCACUUGGGACGACAACACUCGGUCCCUACAUAUCAAUGUUCUAGAACUCCAGGCCGUAGUCAAUGCCCUACACCACUUUCAGGCAGACGUAGUGGGUCGGUCUGUUCUAAUCAAGACCGACAACACGACAGUGGUAGCAUAUAUCAACAAACAGGGCGGUACAAAAUCACCCCAGCUGUGCUACCGGACUUGGGAAAUGUUUCAGUGGCUAAUCAGACACAAAGUCGAUCUAUGUGCCAUUCACAUUCCUGGUGCAGAAAACGACAUAGCGGACUCUCUCUCCAGAGGCAAAGUAGUUCCCACGGAGUGGUCAUUGAACAGGAGGAUCGUACAUCAGAUCUUCUCGAUCCUAGGUCGUCCACACAUAGACCUGUUCGCCUCAGCAGUCAACACUCAGCUCCCGGUGUUCUGUUCGAGAGCCCAUCAUCCUCAUGCAUGGGCCUCGGACGCACUAUCAAUAGACUGGACAAACAUGUUCGCUUUCGCCUUCCCCCCGAUCUCAAUCCUUACAAAGGUCAUCGGGAAACUGGAGAGAGACAGGUGCAAGAUCCUGCUGAUCGCCCCCUUUUGGCCGCGUCAGCCCUGGUUUUCCGCGACUGGUGAGGCUCCUAGUGGGCUCCCCACUAAUCCUCCCAGAUCGUCACGACCUACUUGUUCAACCUCAGUCCCGGUUCCGACACCCGUCUCCGGGAGAUCUCCACUUAGCGUGCUGGCCACUGUCAAACGUGCCUACCGAGGCAGCAGGUCUUUCUGA